GUUACUGAGCAGCAGCAAUGACCGAGAUUCUGGAGGAGCGGCCUUUCGGCUCGCACUAUACCAAUGUCUAUCUCUCAAUUUUUGUCCUCUUUUGCUUCAAACUCUUCGUCAAGAUCAGCUUAAACAUACUGACCCACUUCUAUGCGGUUAAAGGAAACCGUAAGGAGGCGGCACGGAUUGCAGCAGAGUUCUAUGAUUUUGGCCAAGGACACCGUAAGUAGUCUGUAUCUGUGGGAUAUGACUAUAUAUUGGGCUAUGGCGUAUAGGUAUCAGUGGCUAGAUGGGCCUUGGGGCGACGGAGACAUGGGUUCAUGGGCAGAUCGUUCUCCGCUGCAUGAAGCUGCGUGUCAGGGUCGACUGUUGGCACUUAAGACUCUUCUUUCACAGGGUUACAAUCCAAAUAUCAUCACUAUUGAUCAUGUGACUCCACUGCAUGAAGCCUGUCUUGGAGAUCAUGUAGCGUGUGCCAGGGCCCUCAUAGAGGCAGGUGCCAAUGUGAAUGCCACCACCAUCGAUGGUGUGACCCCGCUGUUCAAUGCCUGCACGGCAGGAAGUGUCACUUGCACAGAAUUGCUGUUGGAACACGAAGCAAAACCACAGUCAGAAGUGUGCCAACCUUCACCCAUUCAUGAAGCCUCUAGCAAAGGCAGGGCAGCAUGUGUGGAGUCUCUUAUCUCAUGGGGCGCGGAUGUAGAUUAUGACAUUCCCCAUCUAGGAACACCGCUGUACAUUGCCUGUAUUUCACAGGAACUUCAGUGUACACAGAAACUUCUGGAUGGAGGUGCCAAUGUUCGGAAAGGCCGUUUCUUGGACACGCCGCUUCAUGCAGCAGCACAAAAGGACUGUCCAGAAAUCAUCAAAGUGCUACUAGAGUUUGGCGCUAACAUCAACGCUCGUAACGUGGAGCUACAGAGGCCUGCGGAGACAGCGCCACCCGGCAGCAUGGCAGAGGGCAUACUUCUGCUUUAUGAAGCCACACCGAGGUCUUUGUGUCAGCUGUGUAGGCUGAGUAUCCGGAAUUACAUGGGCCGAUCCAGACUGCAUCUGAUCCCUCACCUCAAACUGCCUAAUCUUAUAAAAAGUUUUCUUCAGUAUAGAUAGACCUAUACAUAACCUACACAAAACUCUCUCACUUUUCUUAUAUAAAGUGCAUUAGUAUAUGAAUGGUCACCAAACCAUGUUUGUGACCAUGCACGGAAAACACAACUUGCCUUUUAUUUAACUUCUGUUAACAUGUUUUUGUUGUUAAAAUACUUAUAUAUUUUUGUGCAAGUUAUAUUUUGGUAAAUACUAUCUGGAGACAGUUAUUUGUAACCUGUGCAUUAACUUUAGCUGCAUGUCUACUAUGAUACCAAUUUAUUACAUGGAAUUGAUAUGGUUAUGCCUUGAUGUGGAAUGUAAGCAAUCAUUUUAAUCUUUAAAAAUUAGUACGAAGUUACAGCAGUAUGCAAAAAAAUAAAGAUGCUUUAAUGGUUUUUACAGUAAUCUCUUGAACCAUUUACAUCAUAACACUAUGAUCAGGAAGUCCACUUCCAAGGUUGUCUAAUACUUUUCCAAUUAGUAUUCUUUGCUAAAGCAUGAUACAAAACAUAAAGAUAAACAACAAAUAAACUAUUUCAAAAUUGAA